AGUCGAGGAAAGGCCACCCAGGGUGUUCGUCGAGAAGGAGCUGGAACCUGUACCUCGGAGAGAUGUGUCAGAGCCAAGGCCCAAAGAGAAAGCUGCAUCACCAUUGGUUGAAGUCCGGAAAGAGUCUGCAGAAAAGCACAGGCCGGAGAGCCCGCGGAGGCAGCGCAGUCCGCCAACCAAAGAUCGACGUCGCAGGUCCCGAUCACCAAGGAGGUCGCGCAGUCCCCGUAGGCGCAAGUCCCCGCACCACGGAAGGCAUCCUGCACACCAUCACCGAAGUCCAGAGUCCCGUAGACACAGACGGCAUCGUUCAGAGUCUCCAGCCGGGUCCACUUCCAGUUCCUCGUCAGCCUCAAGUUCAAGCCAUGGUUCUCUUAAGAAGGCAAAAUCAGAGAAACGGCAAGCGGUCUCUCCUCUGCUGGAAAAACUGGGCCAGCGCAAAAACUCUGUGCAACAGAAGCGCCACUACCGUUCUCAGGGCCAGGAGGAGUCAGCGAGCAGCUCGGACGAGAGCCCAGCUGCCCGAAGGCCACCUGGUGAUAAGUCUAGAGGAACUGGACGCAGGCGGGGUGGCCGCAGACGAAGUGGCUCAGCGUCGUCCUCUGGUUCCGGGGCCUCGGCAUCACCGGAAAGACGUAGACCACGGCCAAGCCCUCCACGUGGCAGGCCUUACAGGAGCCCAUCGCCUAGGCUCCGUCAUGGGCACCGGAGGAGCAUAAGCCCUGGCAGGAAGCACAGACCGUCUCCACUCCCUCUGCGUGAGGAGAGGCGUCGAAUGCCUUCACCACCACACGAAAGGAGACCACCACCUCGCCCUGCUAUGAGCCCACGCAGGGAACAACGUACCAUGGCUCAGCAUUCCAGAAGUCAUGCCAGGAGGUCUCGCAGUCCACCUGAACCUGUGGAGCGGUACAGAGAUGCCGAUGCAGCACGGCAAGCACAUCCGCAGAACAGCCAUCACAUCAGUCAUCAACAAAGAAAGCCAAGAGCUCCAGUGCGCUCAGCGUCGUCGUCGUCUUCGUCAUCUGCAGAGGAGCCUCCACCACGCAGGAAAGGGGCCCCUCCUGAGGAUGAAUCAGGCUCAAGUUCUUCAUCAUCAGAGUUUACAUCUCCUGAGAGGCCGGUGAGACCUCCAGACUACGGUAGCCGACGGCAGCACAACUUGUCUCCAUACAGGAAGAAGGUUCCUAAGGAAGCAUCAUCCCCACCGGCCAGGAAGAGCCAGCCCACUGGCAGAGAUCAUGAUUCAUCACGGGAGCGAGAUGUCGCUGAAGUGAGACGACCUGCUCCAAAGCAGGAGCCCUCAAGACCGGAAAGGCCUGAGCCUGAGUCUGAAUCUGAAUCCGAGUCUUCAUCAGAGUACGAAGAAGUAGAAGUGGUGGCCAAGAGCCCUCCCAUCUCAUCUGACAAGCAGUCUUCAAAGAAGAUUAAGAAGAAGCGGAGAAGGGAAUCCGAGUCUAGCGAUUCGGAGGGAUCCAAGAAGAGGAGGAAAAAACACAAGAAGCACAAGAAACAUCGGAAGCAUAGGAAGCACAGGAAAUCGAGCCGGAAAAGUGACGAGGAGGACGACGAUGAUGAUGAUGAUGAUGGAGUGACUGAAGAGAGGUCAGAGGAAGAGAACAAUGCCGAAGAGUUGGAACGAAAGUUGCGUGAAAAAGCCCUGCGGUCGCUGAAUAAGGCCCGGGUGGGCAGCCACUCCUGUGACGAUUCGCAAGGAAGCUCAACAGCAGUGUUUGUAGCCAACUGACACAGAGGCUGGAAGGGUGUUUUUUUUUUUUUCCCUCUCCCAAGAGAAGCUCGCUCAAUGUCCACAGUGAAUGUCAUAAUGUUGGAUCCUGUAUGCCUUUUUUUUUUCUUUUUUCUUCUUUUUUACCUGUUGAUAAAGAUCUGUUCUGCAUGUAGCUUUUCUUUCAAGGCCCCUUAUAUGUGUGCAUGGCAUCUUUGUCUAGUUUAUGUUCCCAAUAAUUAAAUUACUGACUCUUCAAAGCCAUACGAUAUGUAUAGUGCAUCAAAAAAAAAUUUUCUACACCACUCGGGCAUGCAGUCUGGUUAUCCUUUGUGGUGCAAGUGUACAGUUUGACAUUUUUCAUUAUGGACUAUGGUUGCCUUCUGUCUUCCUCAGUUGUUCACCCUUUAUCAUUGCAGUCCAGUUUCUAUUAGCAAUAGCAACAUUGCUUUUCAGUAGUGCGUUGCAAGUUUGUUGAUUGUUUUCGUACAUUUAAAUGAUACGAGCACACGACCUCGGGAACUUGUGGCUGUACUUCUGAAUGUAUUGUUUCCAUUGCUGCACAUACUGCUUUUUCAAGGAAGAGUGGGCUCUGGCUUCAAGCACUGCAAGGUUUGUUAGGAAUUGAUGUUUCAUUUUCUAUGAGAAGAAUUUGCACGUGUGGUACAUUUUGAUUUCAUUGUGGAUUCUGAGCAGGCUGCUUCUAUUAGGUGUAUCCACUGUUUGUGUAAACUUUAUAAGAUGAAAAUGAACUGCGAAAGUGAGACUUGUAUAAAGCAUAGGGUUGGAUGGAGUGCUUGAUGGAUCUGUGCACAUGUUGCACAGUUUGGGAGCGGACCAUCCGGCCACACAGCCAUCACAUUGUACCUUUAGACCCUCACCUUCUUGUCUUUUUUUUUUUUUUCGCUCGUUUAUUUGAGAUAUGGGGGCUGAUGAAUGCAUUCAUAAAAUAAAAUCAGUUUUUCUGUAAGUU